AUGCUUGUGGAACAGGUCCGGUCGCUACACAGUUACAAGGCCAUAUCGACUAGAAGGUGUUCGAAAUACGGCUGGGAAAAUACUGCGACGGCGGUGGUCGACGCCCAGAAUUCGGGGUUUCCGGACAAGUCGUUCUCGCACGUCACCCUCAACUUUGCUAUGCACAUUAUCCCCGACCCACAGGCUGUGCUUCGAGACACCAUGAGGAUCCCGAAGCCGGGAGGUACGCUCGCGUUUAGUGUCUGGCACAAGGACAGCCAAGGCUGGGGCCCUGACCUGAGGUCGUGCUUUAAGGCGUUGCCGUUCGACGCGCCGAUGCCCGAUCGAGUGCCUAUGAAAUUUCAAAUCCGAAGUCUGCCGCACAUCAUCCCCGUCUAUACCGCCGAGGACUACCUUGAGAGCUAUGCCAUGAUGAAGAGCUGGAUGGUUUACACGUACUGGAGUGAGGAGAGCAAGGAGAAGGCGCGGGGUAUGCUGGAUGGCCAUAUCCUGAAGCAUCUAAGGGAGAAAUAUAAUGGCCAAGGGUGGGAUCUCAGCUCGACCAUAGUUCUGGCGACUUGUCAGAAGCCCUUGUAG